CUGUCAAAUCUUAGAAAAGAGUUGCAUGAGGUAAGGAGAAUUUGGGGUUGCGUGUUAAAACUCGUCCUAUAUUAACUUGUUGUGUGCUUAAAUAAUGCCUAAGCAGCUUUUUGUUAUUUUCCCAAAUGUCUGAUGGACCUCCUGAGACGUUAAAAAAAUUCGUGUUUUCGUCCAAACAUAACCUCAAAGGAGAGCCUCAGGAAGAACAACUCGAAGUAAUCAUUCCUGAGCUUCUUCAAGCCAGCUACUCAUUCUAUACUUGGCCUUCAGCACCCGUCCUCGCGUGGUUCUUGUGGGACAAUCGCCAAGAACUUGUCGGGAAGAAAAUCCUAGAAAUCGGUUCCGGGACCGCUUUGCCAGGGAUCGUAGCCGCAAAGUGUGGGGCGAAGGUAAUUCUUAGUGACUCUACCACUCUUCCUAAAUCUUUGAAUCACACAAAGAGAAGUUGUCAUUUGAAUAAUCUGGUUCUUAACGAGCAUAUUCACAUAAUCGGAUUGACUUGGGGGCUUUUUUUGGAUAAUUUGGACUUGAUUGGCAAACUUGAUUUGAUUUUGGGCUCAGAUUGUUUUUAUGAGCCUUCUGUUUUUGAGGACGUUUUGGUCUCAGUUUCUUAUCUGCUUGAUUUAAAUCAAGGGGCCAAGUUUUUGUGCACAUAUCAGGAGCGUAGUUCUGAUUGGUCUAUUGAGCAUCUACUCGCCAAGUGGAAUUUAAGUUGUCAAGUACAUAAUAUCAACAAUUUGGGGGUUAGUGCUGGAUUGGAUAUACAUAAGUUAGUUGGGGACCAUAGUAUACACUUGUUGGAAAUUUCUAGACAAAUUUGA